UUACGCAAUUAUCUCACAAACAUAUAAAGUGGGGGAUCCCUUAAGAGAAUCGAUGUCUCUUCUUGUCGUCGAUGCUUCAUUCAGUUUUCUAUCCAACAAUCUCCCAGGCGGUUUAUAUAAAUUGAAUGAAACGUGACAAUCAGUUUUUUUACUAUAAAAUAAAUAAUAAUCUCGUAAAUCGGAAUCAUUAAUUAAUCAAAAAAAACAAUUACAUACAUAAUUAAUAAUAAAAAAUAUUUAAAAAAGUGUUAUAACAAAUGAAAAAAAAAUGUAACCACUUUUUUACAACGGAAUCAUAUAAAAAAAUUUCCUAACAAAUAAAAACUAUUGAAUAUUUUAAAAUGAGAGCAGUGGAAAAGUGAAGAAAAAAAAAUAUAUAUAUUGGUACAUUCAUUAAAUGGAGCGUUGUGGAAAGAAAAAAAGACGGAGAAGAAAACUUUUAUGACAAUACGAUAUGAGGAAUCACAUUUUUCAAAUUUACUUAAUAAUAAUUUUUCAUUUUUAUCAAAAUCAUGCAGCUACAUUUUCCGACGUAAUUUAUCAAUUAUUUCAAACGGCCAGGGAGGAUACUUUAGAAAAUGGUAUAUUUUAUCCUAAAGCUGAAAAUGAUUUACGAAGACAACCAAAAAUUCCACGAGAAAUUCCAUUUCCCUGCGAUUUACGAGCAGGAAGGUCCUCAACACCACCUUUAAGUGUUCAUAAAUUGAGACCAGGUGAUAUUGAUGUUGUUGCUGGUUUAGGAGAUUCUUUGAUGUCCGCAAGUGGUGCAAUGGAAGAAUAUGCAAUUGGUGCUUUUAUUGAAGCUCGGGGUGUAAGUUGGUGUAUUGGUGGUCAGGGUGAUUGGAGAAAUUAUUUAACAGUGCCAAAUAUUCUUAAGGUUUUUAAUCCAAAUUUAACAGGAUACUCCACGGGAACCGGUGAAUUUAUUUCAAAUAAAGCGAGACUUAAUGUUGCAUUUCCUGUUGCUGCCACAAUAGAUAGUUUUCAUCAAGCCAAAAUUCUAGUUAACAGAAUGAAGAACAAUCCCAGUAUUGAUAUUAAAAAGCAUUGGAAGAUGAUAACAAUAUUUUUUGGAGCAAAUGACAUUUGUUCUGCUCAAUGUUUUAAUCCUAAGGAUUUCUCGCCAUUAAAAUAUUCACUAUAUUUAAGGAGAACUCUAGACUUUCUUAGAGAAACACUACCUCGUACUCUGGUGAAUUUAAUGCCAGCAAUUGAUGUUACCGUAUCUCUUAGAACAUAUCGAAGUACAAUGUGCAAUAUUUUACAUCCUCUUUAUUGCUCUUGUUUGCAUCAAGGAAAACGUGCAGAUAUUUCCACUUCAAAAAUGUCACAAAUGUUUCAACAAACUGCUGAAGCUUUAAUCGCAUCUGGGAGAUACGACACAACUGAUGAUUUUACUGUGGUCUUGCAACCAUUUAUAAAAUUGUUUAAUUCCCCAAAAUCAAAUCCAAAAAAUGCACCUCCAAUUGAUCCCUCUCUAAUUACUCACGACUGCUUUCAUUUUAGUCAAAAAGGACAUGCACUUGCUGCAAAUCUUCUUUGGAAUAAUAUGUUGGAACCAGUUGGAAAUAAAACAGAAAUAGGAUCACCGAAAAUUUUUGAAACAGUAUUGUGUCCUAGUAAAGAAAAGCCAUAUAUCUUUACAAAUAUUAAUUCGAAAGUUUAUUUUUUACAUGAAAAUUAAGAUAAGGCUUUCUAAAUGUAUAAUUUAUUUUUUUUACUUCUCUCUAUGUUUGAAAAUAAAAUUUAUAUAUAAUAUUUUAAAA